AUAAAAAUAUAUAUGCAUGUACUAUAUAAUUCAAAUAAUUAAUUAAGGAAUCUAUUGGGUUUGGUUUGUUUGUUUGUUUUCAUUGAACUCAUAUAUUCAAGUUCCCAACAAGAGAUUAACUGAACCAAUGGAGUCACCCCCGGAAGUGGUAAACUUUGGAAAAUCUGUGUUGGUUCCAAGUGUUCAAGAGCUUGCCAAAGAGCACCUUGCUGAUAUUCCGGCCAGGUAUGUCCGUCCAGGACUGGAAUCUCCGGCCGUAUCUGCUGGAGAGGCGGUGCCUACGGUACCGGUUAUCGAUCUUCAAAAGUUGACAUCAGGGGAUUCCAUGGAUUCUGAGCUGAAAGAGCUUCACUCUGCUUGCCAAGAAUGGGGUUUCCUCCAGGUUAUAAACCAUGGAGUGACACCUUCAUUACUGGAGAACUUCAAGAGAGAGGUUAUUGAAUUUUUCAGACUCCCAAUGGAAGAAAAGAAGAAGCUAUGGCAACAGGAAGACAACCAUGAAGGUUUUGGUCAGCUAUUUGUUGUAUCAGAGGAGCAGAAACUUGAUUGGAGUGAUAUGUUUUACAUAACUACUCUUCCCCCUCAUAUCCGGCAAAUGGACUUGUUUCAAAAAUUGCCUUCAAAACUCAGGGAAAUCAUGGAAGCAUACUGUAAACAAAUAAAAAACCUAGCAAUGAUCAUCCUAUGUCAAUUGGCAAAGGCUUUAAGGAUGGAUGAACAGGAAAUGAGAGAGCUAUUCAGUGAUGGCGUGCAGUCAAUGAGGAUGAAUUAUUAUCCGCCUUGCCCUGAGCCACACAAAACCAUUGGCUUCAGCCCUCAUUCCGAUGCUGAUGCCCUCACUGUCCUUUUCCAGCUAAAUGAAACUGAAGGCCUCCAAGUCCGAAAAGAUGGCAUAUGGGUGCCUAUAAAGCCUCUCCCGAAUGCUUUGAUUGUGAAUAUUGGUGAUAUUAUGGAGAUUGUGAGCAAUGGUGUUUAUAGGAGCAUUGAGCACAGAGCAAUUGUAAACUCAGACAAAGAGAGGCUCUCUGUUGCAACAUUCUAUAGCUCCAACCUUGACUCCGAAUUGGGACCUACACACAGCCUCAUUGGACCAAACAAUCCUCCAAUUUUCCGAAGAGUUCCCGUAGAAAAAUAUUUCAAGGAAUUUUUUGCAAGAAAACUUGAUGGAAAAUCGUACAUUGAUUUCAUGAAGGAAGAGGCAUGGGAUGGCGAAUCGUAGGUAGCAUUUGGUACUUUAGUUGGUUAUUAGCUUAUCGACAUCUUGUGAAAUAUUUGACGAGUUACUCAUGCACUCUUGCUGUUGUAAUAUGCAAUUCCACUGUUUGAUGACUGUAAUAAAGGAGAAAAUGUGACAUUCUUUGUUCCAUUAGAAACGAUGGUGUUUGACUUGUUACA